AUGCCUCAUGCUCAUGCUCUCAACUACUCACACGCUCUCGCUGUCGCUGUCACCCUCGCCUCACUGCUGCCGCUCGUACAUGGCACCCUUCUCGCCCUGUGCACAGAGCACAGCGACUUCGUUGCUGCCACUGUAUCUAGCAUCCAGCCGCCAGGGCAGGGCAGGGCUGUCUACCUAGUAUUACCGCCACGCCCGACCGUGACGGAUAGGUCUUCGAUUGAUAGUCACAACCACGACGACGACCGCCACGAAGCCAAGCUAGAAUAUCAGGUCAGGUCCAUCCGGUCCGUUAGGAUUGCAAAAAGUGCGCGCGUGCUUUGUCUCUGUGCGGAUGUGGCGAGGCAAAUCAGCUUGUUCGUGUGUGAAGGAUGA